GUUGCGGUAAUUGGUGUUGGUGUAGGCAAAUUUAUGGACUCGGUCUUCCAGAAGUUCUAGCGCUGUUAAAAGAUGCAACUGGAGAAAAGUUUAGGGAAAUAAGCAUAAAACAUGAGCACACUACCUUAUGGUGUGAUCAAAGACAUUCUUGCGUGUGAUUUUGUCCCGAUCGCCCAUAAGAGUUUGCUAUGAGCAAAGUGAAGCAUUCUUCAGACACUCUCUGCGAUUGAUCCAUCGGUCCAAUGUUUAACAUCACUCCCUAUCGUCACGAUUGCAGCCGCAAACUGCCUUUAAGCAAAGGUUGUAGAUUCGCAUUGAAGGACCUGGGCAAGUCUAGAAGGCCGCCAUAAAUUGUUUUGCAAUGUUUAUUAAGAAAUGGACGCGAAGCAUUUCAGCUAUAAGAUCACGGCACUAAUUUUAUUGGGAACGUUUUUGCUUUACAUCGUUUAUACAUUCAGUCUUUUAUUCAAUGUAAAUCAUCAAACAGGACAGAUCAAAUCGAAGGCAUUCAACAAUGCGAUCCCUACUGAGGUAUCUCCGAUACUGGGCAUCAAAGUUCCUCAAAUCAACAUUCUAGGCUCUAUAGUUCGAAUUGUGCCAUUGACCGGCGAUUCUACACUAACCGCCGAGGACGAACCCAUCAGUAACACAAUUCAUCUCAAUAUGAACACGAGGCAAGUUGCUCCAAAAUAUCGUUUCCUGCGACAGCAAGGACUUCGACCAUCGCGCCAUUUACCAGAUGCAUUGAUAAUUGGAGUUAAGAAAAGUGGAACACGCGCUCUCUUAGAGUUUAUUCGAUUGCAUCCGGGUGUCCGAGCAGCUGGUUGCGAGGUGCAUUUUUUCGAUCGCCACUACAACAAAGGACUUGCCUGGUAUCGCCAACAUAUGCCCCCCACGAUCGAAGGUCAGAUAACCAUGGAGAAAACCCCCAGCUAUUUUAUCACUCGCGAAGCCCCACGCCGAGUGUAUCAGAUGAACCCGAGCACAAAACUGCUUGUCGUAGUGCGUGAUCCAGUAACGAGAGCAAUUUCGGAUUACACACAGGCAAAGAGUAAAAAGCACGACAUGAAACGGUUCGAAGAAUUAGCAUUUACCAAUGGGUCCGCAGGAGGUGUAGUAGACACCAGCUGGGGACCGGUGAAAAUUGGGGUGUACUCUAAAUAUUUAGAGCAUUGGUUGGAACUGUUCCCGAUGUCACAGCUUCUCUUCAUAAGCGGCGAACGGCUAGUCGCCGAUCCAGCGAUGGAAAUCGCUCGAGUGCAGGAUUUCCUCGGCCUGAAACGAGUAGUAGACGAAAAAUAUUUCUAUUUCAAUUCUACAAAGGGUUUUCCUUGCCUACUUAAGUCAGAAGAACGAUCUAGUCCCCACUGCCUAGGGAAAACUAAGGGGCGUAAUCAUCCGCACAUUGACGAAUCAGCGAUCGAUCGACUUCGGAAGUUUUAUAGGCCAUUCAAUCAAAAAUUUUAUCAUCUAACUGGAAUAAACUUCGGAUGGCCUUAAUUUUGCACAACGUCGCUCAUAACUGAUAUUGUCUCAAAUCCUAAUCAACUUCUGGAUCGCACCAAACACGAGAGGAUAGAAUCAAGCAAUGCUCAAAGAAUCGUUCAUCACAUUUGUUACAUACUUAAGUAAUAAGAAUAGAAUGCUCCAAUUCGAAAGCUUUA